AUGUCGAAAUUUUAUGACUUCACUCCUACCGAUAAUACCGGUAAACCAUUUCCCUUUGCAGACCUUAAAGGCAAGGUUGUACUUGUGGUGAACACUGCUUCUAAGUGUGGUUUCACCAAGCAGUAUGCGGAAUUGGAACAGAUCUAUGAGAAGUAUAAGGAUCAGGGUUUUGUUAUCGUUGGAUUCCCUUGCAACCAAUUUGGUCAUCAGGAACCAGGCUCUGCUGAGGAGAUUGCAACUUUCUGUAAAGUGAACUUCGGUGUUACAUUUCCAUUGAUGAAGAAGAUUGACGUCAAUGGCACUAAUGCCGACCCUAUUUACGUGUGGUUGAAAGACCAAAAACCGGGAUUGUUGGGCUUCAAGGGUAUCAAGUGGAACUUUGAGAAGUUUUUGAUCAAUAAGAAGGGUGAGGUGUUCCAAAGAUAUUCAUCGGUGAAGACACCUGGAAACAUUUCAGAGGAUAUUGAAAAGUUAUUGAAACAAUGA